GCAUGUCUUGGGUAGCAGCUCUCGGGAUAUCAUCUACCCAGACAAGGCUAAAAAAAUCAUAACUUCAUACAUAUUCCAAGUUUCAAUCAGAGGAAUUAUAUGACUAUAUCUUUAUCUAAUCUUUCAACCACUACCUAACUAGGUAGUCACCUACCCAUUUUGGAUGCGGUAUCGUCUUUCUCACGCUACAAGAAACCCAAUUCCAACCCAAAGUCACGCACACCGCUCGUAGCAAAGUACUAUUCAGGAAGUUCGCUGUUAGUAUCCGUGGAGUAAGGAAAACUGGACCAUGCCAGAACUUGUUGGCGAAAAGGACGAAGUCAUUCAAGCUAUCCUAGGCGGUGUAAGUAGCAAGGUUGCGGCUCAAUCAAUAAAGGCGGCCGUAGGUAGAUUUCAUGCCAUCCUAAACGACAACGUGGUGGUGCGCUUAAUUGAACGGCGGCAUAUGCAGCCAACUCCACAAGGCCACCUCAGUGGCUUGGAUAGUAUUGAACAACGGCAAAUGCAUGUUCCCUAGCCAUCAUCGAGCUCGAUAUUGUGGAGUCAAAACGUGUUCACCGCAGUUUGAGCUGGCCUUUUU